AUGGCUUCAGGCAACAUUGCUGUGCUUAAUGCUCUUGACACUGCACGAACCCAAUGGUACCAUAUCACGGCCAUUGUGAUUGCCGGGAUGGGCUUCUUCACUGAUGCUUACGAUCUCUUCUGUAUUUCCACUGUCUCCAAACUCUUGGGUCGCCUUUAUUAUUACAAUCCAGCAACAAAUAAGCCUGGCAAGCUUCCUCAUACAAUUAACAAUUUUGUUGUCGGUGUUGCCCUUGUUGGUACAAUAACCGGUCAACUAGUCUUCGGUUGGCUCGGCGACAAGUUAGGACGGAAAAAAGUUUAUGGUGUCACUUUAAUACUUAUGGUCAUUUGUGCCAUUUGCUCUGGCCUUUCUUUUGGCUACAGUGCUAAAUCUGUGAUAACCACACUUUGCUUCUUUAGGUUCUGGCUCGGAUUUGGCAUUGGGGGAGAUUAUCCGCUCUCGGCAACGAUCAUGUCUGAAUAUGCUAACAAGAAAACACGUGGGGCGUUCAUCGCUGCAGUGUUUGCCAUGCAAGGUGUUGGUAUCAUCUUUGCCGGGCUAGUGUCUAUGGCACUUUCUAGUAUCUUCCUUAGCAACUAUGAAGGACCAAACUUCCAAACGAAUCAUGUUCUUUCUACAGAACCAGAAGCAGAUUAUGUGUGGCGAAUCGUGUUAAUGCUCGGAGCACUUCCAGCACUUUUGACUUAUUAUUGGAGGAUGAAGAUGCCUGAAACAGGACGAGCACUUCCAGCACUUUUGACUUAUUAUUGGAGGAUGAAGAUGCCUGAAACAGGACGUUACACAGCAAUUAUAGAAGGGAAUGCCAAAAAAGCCGCAAUUGACAUGGGUCGUGUUCUUGAUAUCGAAAUUCAAGAAGAUCAUGACAAGUUAUCACAGUUCAAAGCUUCCAACAACUACCCAUUAAUCUCAAGAGAGUUCUUUCAACGCCAUGGACUUCACCUAAUAGGUACCAUGAGUACAUGGUUCUUGUUAGACAUAGCUUUCUAUAGCCAAAACCUCACUCAAAAGGACAUAUUUCCAACUAUGGGCCUCACUAACAAAGAUGUUAAUGUGAGUGCUCUCAGAGAAAUGUUCGAGACAUCAAGAGCAAUGUUUGUGGUUGCCUUGCUUGGCACAUUCCCUGGCUAUUGGUUCACAGUCUAUUUCAUCGAAAGCAUGGGUCGAUUUUACAUUCAACUAAUCGGGUUCUUCAUGAUGUCCGUCUUCAUGCUUAUUAUGGGUAUCAAAUAUGAUUACCUUAAAAAUGAAGAGCACAAAUGGAUUUUUGCAGCUUUGUAUGGAUUGACAUUCUUCUUUGCAAAUUUUGGUCCAAACAGCACAACAUUUGUUCUUCCAGCUGAGCUUUUUCCCACUCGUUUGAGAUCCACGUGCCAUGCAUUGAGCGCCGCUUCUGGGAAGGCUGGCGCGAUGAUUGGGGCGUUUGUCGUGCAAAGCUACACAUUGGAUGGCGAUAUUAAAAAAAUAAAGCAUACGAUGAUAUUUUUGGCAUUCACAAACAUGCUAGGGUUCUGUUGUACGUUCUUAGUGACGGAGACAAAAGGGCGAUCAUUAGAGGAAAUUUCAGGCGAGGAUGGUGGUCAGAAUGAGACGCAGAUGACCAAUAAACAACGGGUGACUCUCCCAGAGGCCUCAUGGGAGGGAUAG